CAACCGCGAGGAAGUAGCAAUGGUGCCCACACUGGCAUCGUCAUCGACUUCGUCGUGCUCUCCCCCACCGGUGUGCCCGUACAAUUUCCGCCACAAACGCACCAAGACACCUGCUAAGAUGAAUAACCGUGCCAGCUGGGAUGAGGGCACGACGAAAACUUUGCUGGACUUGUGCAUUGCUCAGAAGAACCAGUUCAAUUGGAGCAACAGAUGCCUCACUAAGUUGGGAUGGAAGAACGUGUACUCAAGCUUCAGGGCACAAACUGGGUUGCAUUUGGGCAGCAAGCAGCUGCAGAACAAGCUCAACAACCUGAGGAGAACAUUCCUGAGUUGGAUGGCCUUGCAAAAGCAAUCUGGUUUAGGGCGCGACACACAAACUGGUGGUGUUUCUGCUGAUGCCACCUAUUGGGAGGAGGACGAACAGGUACGUCCUAUGAUAGGCCCCUAA